CCUCUGGGCGCCGGGCGGGUGCUCGCGAACGCCGGAGCGUGCACGGAAGCGGUGGGCAGCUAGGAGGGAGCAGCCGAGCGGGCAGUCUAGCGGGGUGCUGGCAGGUCACCGGCUGUGGGCACGAUGAGACCCGGAGAGGAGCGGCCCGUGGAGGGGGGCGCCUGUGCCGGCGUCUCCGAGCUGGAGCUGCGGAAGCUGCGCGCCGCGGAGCGCAUUGACAAGGCGGCCGAGCGCCUGGGGGCCCUGAGCCGCGCGAUCUGGAGCGAGCCCGAGCUGGCCUACGAGGAGCACCGGGCCCACGGCGUGCUGACACGCUUCUUCGAGUGCGAGCCUCCGGCCGCCUCGUGGUCGGUGCAGCCGCACUAUCACCUGGACACGGCCUUUCGCGCCGAGUGGGGGCCGCCGGGGGUCGGCGCGGCGCCGCGCCCCCUGCAGCUGGGCUUCCUCUGCGAGUACGACGCGCUGCCGGGCAUCGGGCACGCCUGCGGCCACAACCUGAUCGCCGAGGUCGGGGCGGCGGCCGCGCUGGGCGUGAAGGGGGCCCUGGAGAGCCUCCCCGGGCCGCCUCCGCCGGUGAAGGUAAUUGUCCUGGGAACCCCUGCAGAAGAAGAUGGUGGUGGCAAAAUUGAUUUAAUUGAAGCAGGGGCUUUUAAAAAUCUUGAUGUUGUUUUUAUGGCCCACCCAUCCCAAGAGAAUGCUGCUUAUCUACCUGAUGUGGCUGAACAUGACGUGACUGUGAAAUACUACGGAAAAGCAUCUCAUGCUGCUGCAUAUCCCUGGGAAGGAGUAAAUGCAUUAGAUGCUGCUGUCCUGGCUUACAACAAUCUGUCCAUGUUGAGACAGCAAAUGAAACCAACCUGGAGAGUUCAUGGCAUAAUAAAAAGUGGUGGUGUAAAACCCAAUAUCAUUCCCUCUUAUUCUGAAUUAAUCUAUUACUUCCGUGCACCCUCAAUGAAAGAACUUCCAGUUUUGACCAAAAAGGCAGAAGAUUGCUUCAGAGCUGCAGCUUUGGCUACUGGGUGUACAGUAGAAAUUAAAGGUGGAGCACAUGAUUAUUACAAUGUUCUUCCCAAUAAGAGCCUCUGGAAAGCUUAUAUUGAAAAUGGAAAAAAACUCGGAAUAGAAUUUAUUUCAGAAGAUGCAAUGUUGAAUGGCUCUUCAGGAUCUACUGAUUUUGGAAAUGUUACUUUUGUGGUUCCUGGGAUUCAUCCAUAUUUUUACAUUGGAUCUGAUGCCUUGAAUCAUACAGAACAAUAUACGGAAGCUGCAGGAUCACAGGAAGCUCAGUUCUACACUUUACGUACCGCCAAAGCUCUGGCAAUGACUGCAUUGGAUGUUAUUUUUAAACCAGAGUUGCUACAGAGAAUCAGAGAGGACUUUAAAUUGAAACUUCAAGAAGAAGAGUUUUUAAAUACAGUAGAAUAAAAGGAAGAUCUAGGAGCCAUUUAUGGAUCAUUAAGAAAUUUUAUUUUUAAGUUAUCUCUACACUCAACAUGGGGCUUGAACUCAACCCCGCAAGAUCAAGAGUCGCGCACUCCACCGACUGAGCCAGCCAGGCGCCCCUGUGAUGGCAUUUCUUAAACAACCUGGAUGAUACAUGGUUUAUCAGUGAUAAUAUUUUAUAAAUGUUAAUUAUUUUUAAUUAAUAUUAUUGGCUAAUAAUAUUAAUUAAAUAUUAAUUUAAUUGUUGUAUAAGUGUAUUUUAAAAGAUUCAAGGGAUUUCAAACUUUAUAUUGAGAAUUGACCCAUGAAAGAUUUUUUUCUUUUUUGAUAUAGGGUGGUGAAAUAGUUUAAAAUUCAAGUGCUAAAUUUAGGGAAGGUUCAUUUUGAAUAUCUGACUAUAUCUGUUUUGGUUUAGAGCAUCUUUUCAUUGAUAAUAAAAGCAGGUUUUAAUCGGAAAUGCUGUGGGAAACAACUAGAAACUCCGGUACAAAGAAUAAGAAAAAAAAUUUUUUUUAAUUAACUCUGAGAAGUGGCAUUAAAGUGCUAUUCCUAAUUCCAUAUUUCUGUAAGAGGAAAAAAUAUAGAUGGGUUAGACUCAUUUCUGUGAAUUGUUUGCUUGGUAGCCCAGUGUGUUCUAGAGGGACUUAAUGAGAAAGGAGCAAAGUCUAUUUGUUUUGAAUAUUAAUGUCAUAUAACUGGUCACCUCUACCCAGCAGCCCUAUUCAGGCUUCGCCUCACAAGCCAUCCUGUCCAGUUUACUGAGUUUAGGGGACAGAAUUUUAAGCCUCCUCAAACCCCAUGCUAUCUCAAUACUAGUUUUAACAAGUAUUGUAAGUUUUUCUUGGUUCUGAGUGUGAAUUUCUUGAACAUGAUAAAAGAAUGUGAAAAAAAGUAUCUGGUAAAGCAAAUACUUUAAGCUGUGAAUAUAGUAAAGCUCUAGUAUACUUCAUUUUAAAGGGAGUCCUCAGAUUUGAGUGUAUUCCGAAAAUGGAAG